CAUUUACUUAUUUUUUUUGUUUUUCUCUGUCAACACUAAUAGCAUUUACCGUUGCCAUUUUGAAUCUGUUACUCAAACCGUUUCUUGUUUCUCUUAUCAAGGCUUUCUUGAUUGCAUGCAAUGAUUCGAUUCUGAAUUAUUGGAUACCCAAGUUGUGAUUUAGUUAUGUAUGAAUCAUUUUAUGAUUCUCUUGUGAAUUUGCUGUUCUAAUUUGCUGUAUUAGAUGUGUGUUUUUUCUAAUCUAGUUUCUAUGAAUUCUUCCACGUCUUUAACCGUUGAGAUUUCUGGGUUACCUAUGAAAUGAUUUGUUCUUUCUUACCAUCAUUUAAAAUGGUCCCUUUCCCAUGAAUUUUUGGUUAUAAAGAUGGGGUGUAGUAUUUUAAUAAGGAGUAAUGAUCCUGUUGCAUAGUAGUUAUACAGGGUGUACUGUUUGGUAGUUACAUGACUACUAGGUAACUAACUGCCUCAUUUCUUGUGGGGUCUUAUUCUCUGUACUAAUUAAUUUGUUUUUUCAAUCUGUGAUUUGCAUGUUUUGUAAAUUUAUUAUCCCUUUAAUAAAUAAAAAAGGUUGUUUAUUUCUCUUUAUGUCUUAGUUUUGACCACUUUUCUUAGCCAUAUAGCUGUGACCUCUUUUCAAUGAUUACUGGGUUUUAAUAUUGUAGCUCGUGUUGAAGCUUAAUGUUUCCUCUUGAAUAUGAGAUUUGGUUUGGUCUAAUCUUUUAAAUUUUCUUAAAUUUUCACUCGGUUUUUGCAUCCUAUCAAUUCUCUGAUAGCGAAGCCGUGGCAGAUUUUUUAGAUUGGAACGCAAUUACAAGGACUUCAUUUCUGGGUUUAUUGUUACAGGGGUUUGAAGUUUCUUAGACAAGUAUCUUCUAUACCUUGUCAAAUUUAUCCUUGUACAAUCUGGCUUCUGGCGAAAAAAAAAAAAAUGAAGAAGAAAAAACGUGGAAAGUUUUAAGAGUUACGGAACACAGUUAAAAGAUUGGAUCUUUUUUUAAGGGUCUUGUUGAUCAAUUUUUCUUUAUUUUCAGUCAGAUAACAUAAGAGAUAGUUUUGAAAUCAGAUUUGCUGGUAUAAGUUUCUUAUUGUUUCUGCUGUAAGUUUCUCUUGGUGAAUCCUAUGCAUGUGUGGAAUAUUGGAUUUUCGGAUGAGAGCUUACAUGAAAUGGGUUGCAAUCUUAUUUAAGAAUGGUAAUCAAUGACAACAUUCCUUGUAGGGUAUUACUAUGGGACCAUGCUUUUAUGUAUGAUGAGGUGGUUGGUAUUGUGCUUACUUACAUUUAUUGGAAUGUUUCUGAAUUCUUGUACCUUAUGUCUUGUAAUGCUUUAUGCUCCUUGAAUCAACAAUGCAGGUCAUGUGUGGUAGUCCCCAUCGAAAUUGAAUUUUAUCUGAUCUAGCACUCAUAACAUUUGAAGAACAAAACCAUCAUGCUUAGUAUGGCAUGGGGCCGUGGAAUGAAAAACAGAUUUAUCACCAUACAUAACUUAUUUGAGCAAGUUGCAUCUCAUAACCACUGGCGAUCAUGGAGCUGAAUGGUCAAACAAGAGUGAGAAGAAAGGACCAUUUUGCUCAUACAAACGGUGAUUUAGCAUUAGCAAGUGUUGGUGAUGUAGAUCCCUGGACUGCAUGGGCAUAUAAGCCUCGAACUAUUUCGUUGUUACUUAUUGGUGCUUGCUUUCUAAUAUGGGCAAGUGGAGCCCUAGAUCCAGAGAGCUGCACAUCUGGUGAUGUUGUUACAUCUGUGAAAAGGGGUAUAUGGGCAAUGACUGCAGUUUUUCUUGGUUAUUGCUUACUACAGGCCCCUUCAACGGUUUUAAUAAGGCCACAUCCAGCAAUUUGGCGCUUAGUUCAUGGAUUGGCCAUUGUUUAUCUUGUUGCCCUCACAUUUCUGCUUUUUCAGAAGCGUGAUGAUGCACGGCAAUUUAUGAAGUUUCUCCAUCCUGACCUUGGAAUUGAACUGCCUGAAAGAUCAUAUGGUGCUGAUUGUCGCAUUUAUGUGCCUGAAAAUCCUACAAGCAAGUUUAAGAACGUUUUGGACACUCUUUUUGAUGAAUUUGUUCUAGCACAUAUCUUUGGAUGGUGGGGCAAGGCUAUAUUAAUCCGUAAUCAGCCACUUCUAUGGGUACUGUCAAUUGGUUUUGAGCUGAUGGAGUUUACCUUCCGCCACAUGCUACCAAACUUCAAUGAAUGCUGGUGGGACAGUAUCAUUCUUGAUAUUUUGAUAUGCAAUUGGUUUGGCAUUUGGGCUGGAAUGCAUACAGUUGGGUAUUUUGAUGGAAAAACAUACGAGUGGGUUGGUAUAAGUCGCCAACCUAAUAUUAUGAGCAAGGUCAAACGAACAUUGGAACAAUUUACACCUGCACAGUGGGACAAAGAUGAAUGGCAUCCCUUGCUAGGUCCAUGGCGAUUUAUCCAAGUUCUUAGUCUCUGUAUUGUCUUCCUGACUGUAGAGCUCAACACAUUCUUUUUGAAGUUUUGUCUAUGGGUUCCUCCUAGGAACCCUGUAAUAGUGUACAGGUUGAUCUUGUGGUGGCUAAUUGCUAUACCAACAACACGUGAAUACAAUUCAUAUCUCCAAGACCGAAAGCCUGUGAAAAAGGUUGGCGCUUUUUGUUGGCUUUCCCUUGCUAUUUGCAUCGUGGAACUUCUAAUUUGCAUCAAGUUUGGACAUGGUCUUUAUCCCAAACCAAUGCCUGCAUGGUUGGUCAUCUUCUGGACAUCUGUUGGAGUUGGCCUUGUAAUAUUCCUGAUUAUGUGGUCAUGGAAAAGUUUGGGAAGAAAGAGACGAUGAAUUUGCUAGCAUGGUACACUAUUCUUUUAUUCCUUCAUGUUCUUAUGGGUAUACAUCUUGUAAAUGCCCUAUAGCUUCAUGGAAUUGUAAAUGCUUAUUCUCUUAGGUUAGUGGAUCACAGUUUUAGAGUAUUCAAUUCUUUUAUGAUAGGUAGUUGGAAAAUGCUUCUAAUGGUAGGCUCAUGUGUUGCUAAUUUGCAGCAAUCAUCAAAUUGGUAAUUUUCCUUUUUAACUUGUCUGAGAGAGGAGCAAUUUUUAACACCGGGCUUGCCUCGCAUUUUUCAAUGGAAAAUGCAUGCCUGACAAUUCCAUUGGGGCAUUUUAGCAGAAUGUUUAAAAUAUUUA